CAAUCACUCUGCACGCGCGUCUCCAAAUGCCAAGCGCGUGCACUCAGAUAGUGAGAAUGGGUGAUUCACCACACACUGCGCUCUGUCCGGCCCCUGACCGGGGGCCCCGGUAAUCGCAAAGCUCGCCUAAUCACUUUCUCUUUUACCUUUCUGAAGAAGCUGUAUGGAGUUACGUCACACCAGCGCGCAAAAGUGCAGGCCAAGCAAAUAAGCCGCUGAGGAGCUAUUUGUAGGCAUUGCUGCCAAACCCGGGUAAGGCUGCUCACUCUUCUGCGAUCAAUGCUUUAAACUUGCUAUUGCACUAGAAGCAGCAUGCAUUACAUUUCUGAUUUAUUGUGGAAUGAUUCUGUUUGGAGAACUUAACCUGGAUCCGUUGAUGACCGGCGGCCGGUGCGCGCAACAACGCAAUUAGAUCUCAUUCACAGACUAUCGAACGCGUUACCGUGAAGGACCGGGACAUGAUGACGAUUCUGCAUGUAUUAGCAGAAAGAUUGUUACUUUUUAUCAUAACUUUCGAUUAAAUUUUUUUUUUCUUUCUGAAAUCACCAUGCCACACACUCGCAACAGGAACCCAAGUCCAAUCCCAGAGGUGACAUGGGACACGGGGUUAAAAGAGAUGAACGAGACCUGGAAGGGGGCUAUCGCUUGCUUGGGAGUUGCUAUCUUUUUUGUCAUGACAAUUGGGAUCAUUUAUUGGCAAGUUGUGGAUCAGCCCAACAAGAACUGGAUCCUGAAGGGGAGCUUUAGUGGGCUUAUUUGGGAGAGACGGACGCAAACUCUGGUCAUACAGACACUGACUGAGGACAAGACUUUUGCGGAGAUAGACGUGGAGAACGUGGGGAACACUGAUAUUGAGGUUCCGUUCGUGAGGAACAUGUGCUGGCUUAACAAAACCGAAUUCUGCUACACUUGGGAUUCGGUGGCAGAGGUGAAGAUAUCUUUGGAAUCAGAGGAGGACUCAGAUACUGAGUGUUACAGUGUAACCUGGACUCCAAUUCACUGCCAUGUGGAUCUUAAGGACUGUUUUUCCAUGGUGAAUAUUUCGUGGUACGGAGGAGCCAGUGUCCAUGCGCUCAACUGGCCCAUAAACGAUGCCAACAUUUCCAUGCAGCCCUUCACAGUCAGCGACCUUAGGGACAACCCUUCUGGCUUCGGAUCAGUUUUAGAGCGCUACUUCCUGGGAUCCUCAGGUGUGUCAGUUCUAGUGGCCCCAAACAUCCCACUACAUGUAGGAAUGGAAAGCAGACAGAAUUUCUGUUUGCAGACGCCCCCGAGUAUGGAACGCAUGCCACUGCAGUACACUGUGUGUGUUGGACACAACAUUAAAGCCGUCCAUCAGGAGUCAAUGCAACAGCUCUCCACAGUCAGACGAGAGCUGCCAAACAUGGAUGUCUUACGGCUGCCUUUCUGGAAGCUUCUAGCAAAUGUGGACUCUGGGGCCAAGCUAGAGAGAGAGCUGAGAACCUUCUCAAACCGGCUGAAGCGGCAUCACCUGGGGGAGGGAGUCAUCAGCCUCGAUGAACAUUCCACAGCUCUCCUCGCCAACAUGGACCACAGCUACCUCAAUGGAAAGAAAAGGACGUCUAAGAGACAGACCAGGGACCUCCCUUUUGUAAAGCUUCUAAACAUUUCCAUCACCCUGUCCCCGUACCUGAGUGUGGACUCGCAGCAGUUUCAGUCCUCCAUUCAAGCAGGCAUUGAAGACUACUGGCUGAGCCUGCCCUCAGGACCACAGGGCCGACUGGUGCCUAUGUUGACUCAGUGGAAAGGAAAGUACAGUGUGAAGCUCAACAUCACCAACCCAGAAGCCACAAAUUGGUUUCUGGACAAAGUGGACAGCUUACAUAGCCAUUUGGGCAUGGAGUAUGUCAUCCUGGAAGGUGGCGAGGGAAACCCUUUCGAGGAACAGGCCCUGCGCCCCCCUCUUGCAUUGGUCGGGGAUGAAUACAUCAGACUCCUUGCUGACCUGGCAGAGAAGAUAGGGGACAAUACCAUUGUGACCUCAGGAACAAGGUCCAGCCACAAACCGCUCUUCAUCCGAAUGAGCGCACUACAGUCGGACUGGAGUUACUCCGGCCUCAAGGGCAUCAUUCCAUCCCUGCUGCAUCACAGUCUUCUGGGAUAUAAUUUUUUCAUUCCUGAUGCAGUAGGAGGCUCUCUCUCUGCCGAACUGGUUGCCGACGACGAGCUCUUCGUUCGCUGGCUGGGAAUUGCAGCCUUUCUUCCUGUCAUCAGCUUCCAGACACCUCCAUGGGUCUUUGAGAAGGAAUGGGUCCUAAACCUCACCAGAUUCUACAUAGCCAAGCACCACGACUUUGUCAUUCCUUUGAUACUGAAAUACGCGGAGGAAUGGCAAGAUGCUGGAAACCCCAUCUACAGACCGCUGUGGUGGCUUAGUCCAAAUGACCCAACCACGUUCACCAUUGAUGACGAGUUCCUCAUUGGAGAUGAGGUUCUUGUUGCUCCAGUUACAGAAAAAGGAGCUUUACAAAGAGACAUUUACCUGCCAGAGAGUGACUUUCAGUGGCAGGACACUAACAAUGCUCAAGUGUUUGAUGGAGGGACGUUUCUGGAAAGUUACCCGGUCGGCCUUGGGGAUGUGCCGGUUUUUGUACGACGGAGAUCCUGAGGCUUACUUACAACUUUUUUCUAUUUUUUAAAUUUUCACUUGUGCUGAUCUCAAAUUGCACUUUCCAUAAAGACCAUUAUCUGUGUCUCAAGGAAUCUUGAGAUUAGGUAGAAGCUAAUUUUACAUUUGCACUUUAAAAAUCAGUGAUUUAUAUAUUCUCGUGAUUUUUAGAUCCCUCUUGUUUUUCUCCGCUACUUGUUUUGUUAAUUCAUGAUAUUUUGGGGAUUUUUUUUCUUCUUCAGAAUGCCGUUUACAUUUGAUAAAUUCUUAUAGCCUCUUAAAGUUAAAUUGUUAUCAUGAUGUGGAGCUAGAAAUCAAACCCUUUGCUUAAAAACAAUCAAUGGAAUUUUACGAAGACCAAACAAUCGAAAAAGUUGAGACUCUACAAGGAAAAACCAAUGCGCUAAAUGGAUGAAGAUGAAAAUACCUUAAACAUCACUCAUCUCAGCGGGGUUUCUACUUGAACUUUGCUGAAUAUUUGCUGUAGCUUUGUAAUGUUUUAACUGUACCUCAAGUUCUCAUGGUGUUUAUUUGACGCAAAUUUUUCGACAUGAACUGUGAGAGAAGCACUUAUUGAUAGAGGAGACUGAAAUUAAGGGCUUUAAACGUUAAUAGCACAAUUAUUUUUUACUACAAAACAAAAAUAUUGAAGAUCAAUCAAUAGUAAUAGAAAAUGAGCCAAUGUCAAACUAACUUUUCAUAGCUGUACAGUCUUAGCAACACACAAAGGACAAAUGAUUUCAUAAUAGUCGUUUUUGAGAGAUUUUGAUAUUAUGCUGAUUUUAAUAAUUAUUUGUUUAGCUUCUUACAAUUGACCAGAUUAACCAAUAUGGUAUUUCUAGAUCUUAAGUAAUUCAUACUGUAGGACAUUAUUGAAGGUAGAAUUAGAGUUUUGUAUUUAUAUCAAUUCAGACUAAACUUGAUCAUUCAUUGACGAUGUCUGCCUUAACUUUGAUGAUUGUAGUGGCAUUUGUACAUUUUGUGCAAAGUUUGAAAUAUCUGGUUUUAUGAAAUACAGUUGCAAAUUGUUAGAAAGCUGAAUUCCACCAUUACAAAUGAUUUGGGAUAACGGAUGUAGAUUUUUUUUUUUUUUUUUUUUUUUGCGGUCUGAGGGCAACACUUUUUGGUUUGUGGUUUAAAGUGCUCCUAUUAUGCUAUAUUAAAGGCUCCUAAAUUCUUUUGAAUCGGUUUACAUGCAUCCAAGGUCAAAAACACUUUCAUUUUCACAUAAUAUACAUUGCAGCAUCACCUCUUUUCUUACAGUGUCUGAAACAGCUCAAUCAGGGAUUUAGUCUCUCUAAACCCCUCCUUUCUGAGGAUCUGUUUACACCUGGUAUUAAAAUGCAUUUUGGUCAACUGGAUCACAAGUAUAUGAGGUAGAUACAUACCCGUUUACACCUGGUGUUUUAAUCCAUCUCUUUUGUCCACUUUUGACCACUUCUGUCCUGAUUUCUUUGAGGCAAGGGUCUAUGGGCAGGUAAAUGUAUGGGUUUUUUUCAGAUCUUUUGAUCUAAUGGAUGAAAUAAACUCCCGCAAUUUACAUAUGAACGCGACUGGAGACAAUGGAAAAACAUACGAGAGCAUCAGCUUUCCUUUCUGCUCUGACAGCCGCAAGACCAGCUGAAUGCUGCAAGAGUGUGUUAGAAAUCAGGAAUGGAGAGAACAUUGUGCUUGGUACAUUUUUCGUCUUCAAACCAAACUUGGUUCUUUAGCCGACAGUUUAUAUCCCAUCUGGCUAGCGCGCUUCUCAUAAUGUUUACGCAUUACAUCAGUAGGCGGAGAGUAGAUGGUCUUUUGUGGCUGUUCGAAAACAUUCGACCACAUGAGCAUUUACACUACGAAAGCAAUCCAGUCAAAUGCCCGUCUUGGCGACUACCUUGGAAGUGGUCAAAAGUGGACAAGCUCAAAACAUUUUAGACCCCGUUUACACCUGUAUUUCCUGUACACCUGAUCAUACACUUAUCCGAUCAACCAAAAUGCAUCUUAAUACCAGCUGUAAACAGGGCCUGAGAGCCUACUCUGCUCUAAUUGGUUAGAUGGCCCAGUCUGUUGUGAUUAGUCUACUGUAAUGUUGUCAAAAUUACUGACUUCGGUACCAAGUUGGUACUGAAAUUUUAAAAAUGUGAUGUUUUAAGCGCUGUUGAGCGGAUUCUUAAACACCUCUGAUUGGCCAUUGUGUUCAUGCGCUCAUCAGAUAUAUCUGUGAUUGGCUAGAAUGUUCAACACAUCAAAAACAUGUUGUAAAUAGACAUCAAUGACGCUCUUCACCCGAAUGAUCAACACGGGAGUGUAUGAAAGCAGGUGUCUAUCAGCAGACUGGUCCGCUGAUAGACGCCUGCUUUCAAACGCUCCCGCUUUCAAAUUCAAACACUUCCAUGUGCUUUCAAACGCUCCCGUGCGUUGAUCAUUGUAGCCAAUUACAGACAUAUUUGUUGAGCGCGUGAACACAAUGGCCAAUCAGAGGUGUUUACGAAUCCACUCAAAGCGCCACAUUUUUAAAAUUUCAAUACCGACUUGGUAUCGAAGUCAGUACUUUUGACAACACUAGUCUACCGCUUACAGCGCAUGUUGGAAACAAAAUGCCCAUUACCAUAUCUGAAUUUUCGGCUUAUAUACAUCAGAGCCACAUUUACAUGGACACUUUUUGUUUCAAUCAGAAUUAAAUCAUUCUGAUUGAUGAAAUGUUUACAUGUCCUAUAGAAUGGAUUAGAAAAGGUUUUAUUCCACCCCUUUUUUAUUCCAAUUGAGGUGUUUACAAAGAGCAUUUUCAUUCGGAUCGAACUUUCAAACCUGAUUGUAAUUGGAAUACAACACUCUAUGUAAACGCACCUAGUGAUAUGAACAGUAACGAUGGCGUUGGUUUUACCGUAUCAAUUCCAGCACGAGUCCUCAUCUUUUAGAAGAACAUGCAAAGUGGAUGUGCUUUCGCAGAGUAGAAAACAGCGUCUUCUCAACAUGUCAAAAUUUUCCAGGCCUCAGCUACAACUACAGUGUUUGAGGGCCGAUCAAAGUAGAUGUUGUUUGCGGACAGCCAAUGAAAACCAUAGGCUGGCUGGCUUUAUGCAAAUGUGUUACAAACCUACAAAGGUUUGUAACAGGAAGUGCACUUCAGAAUUGAUUCUUUCUUUAAGGACCUUUGGAGACCUUUUACAUUCACAAACAGCUAUAUUACACACUGCAUGAAUGGUAAUAUUUGAAAAAGCAUAAUAGGGGCACUUUAAGUGAGUUUGGCAAAAUGCAGAACAUUUUUUACAAUAUUUUGACAGAGGUGCUGCUACUCAGCUUGUGAAUCUCUCAUGCCUUGACAAGGGCCAACCUUGGAGCAUUCAUCCCUGUGCUAAAACAUUAAAUCACAAAUCACCGCCAUAUGAAUCUACAGUGCAGAGAGAGAAGGAGAACUUGAUCAGUAUCACCUGAUACGUGUGGCCUACUGGGAAUGUCCUCUUAAUCCUCACUGUGAUUUUGUUUACUGUAUCUGCAGGUUUCUCAGGUCAAAGAUAUCAAAUCCAAAAGAAAGAAAAUGUCUUACGCCCCAGCGCACUGUUAAUGUCUUAAUCUCUUGAUGCUCUUUUCAGUUGAGCAUUUACAGAAGAGACUAAUCGUGAUGAUCUUAUAUCGAGUGGUGUUUUGGGAGCCUUGUUUUGCUUGUAUUUUAUAUUAAAAUGCUGCGCUAUGAAAAUGAUAUUCUGAAAAGUUCCCUGCUGAGCAAUCUUUGAUGUUUUUUUUAGGAAUCAGGUGCCACAAGUCAAUCAGCAAUAUGCAUAUAUCAUAUGACUGUGCCAUUCAACUUUUCUGUCUUCUAUUAAUCUGAAAAAUAGAGAUGUCAAUCUGCAAUAAAGUUUACAUUUUGUUACGGUA